UUCCCUCUCUCUAAAUAACCAAUCUCUCUCUUAUGUUGGAGAUGGAUAUCAUGGACCAUGAGGACUUCUUGACCCUCAAACUCUCCCUAACCCCGGGCCACGACCGCGAGGGAAAGAGGAAAAGGACCAGAACCCCGAGCUCGGCCCAUGAAGUCCCCGAGGAGGGCAAGGUCUUCGCCCUCCUCCAAACGAGGGAGACAAUGCUAAAGACGGAUCACAAGAAGAGAUCAAACGGAGGUGAAGGUCUCCAUUUGAUCCACUCGCUCCUCGUAGCUGCCGCCUCUGUGAACGAAAACCACGCCGCCUCGGCCCUCGAGAAUCUCGCCGAACUCUACCGUUCCGUCUCCCUGAGAGGCGACUCUGUCCAAAGAGUCGCGGCCUACUUCGCCGACGCCCUCCUCGCCCAUCUCCUCACCCGGAAAUCGCCCUUCUACGACGCCAUCAUGAAGGGCCCCUCGCCCGAGGAGGAGUUCUUGGCGUUCACGUCCCUCUACAAGGUUUCACCGUUCUACCAAUUUGCUCACUUCACGGCCAACCAAGCCAUCAUCGAAGCGUUCGAGAGAGAGGGCAGUAGGGCUCUCCACGUGCUCGAUUUCGACGUCUCCUACGGCUUCCAGUGGCCCUCCCUCAUGCAGUCCCUGUCAGAAAACGCCACCGCAACAAACAAGAUCUCUCUAAAGCUCACUGCCUUCGGUAGGAACAUGGAAGAAAUUCAAGAAACUGAAUCGAGAUUGGUGAGCUUCGCAAAAGGCUUCCCCAAUCUCAUUUUCGAGUUCCAUGGCCUUGUUCGAGGAUCCAAGAACGCGAAGGUGAGGACGAGGAAGAACGAGACAAUCGCUAUCAACUUAGUAUUCCAUCUCACUUCACUCAAAACCCUCUCCAAAAUCUCCGAAACUCUAUCCUACGUCUACUCUCUUAACCCCUCGAUCGUCGUUCUAGUCGAGCACGAAGGCAAGUGCAGCAGCAACAAGUUCUUGUCUAGAUUCAUAGAGUCACUGCAUCAAUUCGCAGCCAUGUUCGAUUCACUAGAUGACUGCCUUCCAUUAGAGAGUGGUGAGAGGCUGAGCAUUGAGAGGGAUCAUCUAGGGAGGGAGAUUAGGAGUGCGAUAAACUACGAUAGAGACGACGGCGAGAGCUGUCCGAGGUUUGAGAAGAUGGAGACGUGGAAUGGGAGGAUGGAGAGAAGGGGGUUUGUGGGAGUUGAGCAGAGCUGCAGGGCUGUGAUGCAAGCAAAGUUGCUACUGAAAAUCAGAAGUCAUUGUUGCCCUGUAAAAUAUGAUGGAGAAAAUGGUGGUUUUAGAGUUUUUGAGAGAGAGAACGGCAAAGCUAUAUCUCUAGGAUGGCAAGAUAGGAUUCUUAUUACAGCCUCCUCUUGGUGUUCUGGUGUAUGA